UAUUCACAAAGGAGGAAAUCACAGGAACGUGGAACAAUUGUUUACAAGUUACACUGUGAGGCUCUAAACAUUGGUGGCGUGUUGCGUGUGUCGGCCGUUCCCUUAACCGCGCUCAACCACCGUCGAGCAACUAUGGUCAUACACACGCACAUUUGGCCAAACUACCGCACAGCAGAAUAGUUUAAUGUGUCACUUAAUGUUCUAGUUAGUGUGAGGCGGAGAGAUCGACCUGGCACGGUCUUGGUAAAUGUUUUAACGGUUAAUAGCGGAUUGACCGAGGAAGAGGGUCAGCUUCCGCACAAGAUGGCGGCUUCUUGCAGAGUGACUCUCUCUCUAAGGAGAGUCUACGUUAAUUAAUACUUGUUUGGGGACGCCAAGGACUGAUUGUUUAAGAACCUAAGUCUCCGUUUUUAUUACCAACUAGUCCACAAGUAAACUAAUUGAGUUUCUUUCAACAGAUACUUAUAAACAACUGCUGAAGGUGAAGUUAGCGGCUCAUUUGACCACUAUAGAGCUUAGUGCAAGGGUGCCGGUGUCCGAGCCUUCGUCUCUACUAUUUCAAAUAUGUUGGAAGAGAAUAUUCCAAAGAAGACUGCAGAGGAUACCGUAGGACAUGGAACAAAUAAGCCGUCUAGGAGAGAGGAGAGUUUCAAAAUUACAAGUGAUUUGGCCAAGGAAGCGAAGCACCGUGCACAGGGCAUAUACCUGAGCAUGAUAUUAAAUGCUGUCAGCCCCUUGGAUUUUGUUAAGCAGGCUCGGUACAUUAAUCCAUCCAUUUAUGAUGAUAUCGUCAAUGACCGUUCCACUACCAGCCUAUGUGGAUACCCGCUGUGUUCUAGAACUUUUGAAGACGUGUUUGGGAACAGAUCUUACAUUAUCCGUAGGAACAAGAUUUAUGACAUCUCCGUAAGAAGAUAUUUCUGCAGCAACGUGUGUUUUGAAGCUUCAGAAAUUGUGCGCAAACAGCUAGCAACAGACCCUCUUUAUUUGCGACACACGGGAAAUGCUGAUAUUAAAACUGUUAAAAUUCCUGUAUUGAAAAAGCUGCGAGGGCGCUAUGGAAAAUAUGUUGAUAUUACAGGAGGACUGUUGAAUCUUGAAGAUGAUGAUAAAGCUGAGAAAAAAAAAUCUUUUACAUCGAUCUCGGAGAUUGUCACUGAAGCCUUGACAACGUGCUCGGAAAAUAAAGGGAUGAAUGAUGAAAGCAAGUCAAAGAACAGAGACCAAAGUGAAAAGGACAACAUGAGUAAGGGAGGUCGAAAGGAUAAGGGAAGCAUUCCAGAGAUGGUCGAUACAAAUUCAAAGAGUGAUGUCAAAGAUGGGAGCCUUCCUAAGGCAUCAAAUGAGAAGAUUAUAAAAGAUGAAAACCCUCUUGUUGCAGUCUACCAAGUGGAGCAGGCUCUAAGAGAGUGGAUGUCGUUUGACUCAUUACGUACAGUUUUAGGGGACAAGUAUGUGCGCGGCAUGUUGGAACACAUUAAUCGUACUUGGGAAGAUUAUGACACCACCUCAGGUCUCCGAUUGGGUAUAGAUGCCAAAGGAAAAUACAUUGCCAUCUGUCAUAAGCUUGACCACGAAGAAAUGGCUGAGGACUUACAGAUUGAAAUCACUGAUGAUGCAGGUGCAAAACAGUGUACACAAAAGUUGCCAUUACCUGAUUAUCAACAACUGCAGAGGGACGCCAAGAAGCUGCAGCUCAAGGUUGUAUCAUUUAUUGGAGGAAGUGAGCAGUAUGAAGAAACGGUAUUUAGCCAACAAGACAAGGUGGAAGGUUGCCCUGACUCUGCAACAGACGACAUAUCCACUGUAAAAGCUUUGGAUGAGAAAGGGAGCCAAAAGGAAUCACAAACAAACGAACAAAAAUUGAAAUCCAAGAAGAAGAAGAAGAAGAAGAAUGAAGAAGUAGACAUAGAAGGUUCAACUCUUCCCUUUAUUGACAACUACUCCCAAGUUGCUUGGCGUCAAAACAUUGUGGAAGAAAAAACUAGUGCAUAUCUUCGACAGAUUCUAGAAGCAACAGACUUAGAUGGUCGGGAAGUACGGCGUUUGCACAAGACCCUAAUUGCAACUUUUGAUUUAUCUCCACAAAACAUCUGCUUUAAGCCUAGGCAGUGGCGGCUUAUCUCUCUCAUUCUGCUUAAAAUGCUAACGGUGAGAUAUUCAGCCAUUUCGGAGGCCUUGAAGGGAGAACAAGCCAUGAACAUUCAGAAGAAAGUCCUAUCCUGUUUUGAUCUUGAUCUUGGGUACUAUGAUCGUGUUCUCUCUUACUUAACAGAAAUAAAUUAUAUCAUUAGUAAAAAUUUCAAGGAAGAAGACAAAAAAAUUCAGCAAAGUGUUGAUUUCUGUGAGAAAAAUCUUCAAACACAAGUGGGCAGUGGAGUGAGAGAACAAGUUCCUGGUCAUGAAACAAACAAAAAUUUAAGUACAGCACAAACAAAAGCGGCUCCUGCAGAUAGUCUAGAAAACCUAUUAAAUAUUGAACAAAAAAUUGAAAACCUUAAUAUUGAAGAAGUAAUUAAAAAGUAACUUAGCUGAAAAAUGGUUCCAUAGUUCCAUUCAACACCAUGUUUAAUUAAUGAUUAUAUAUAAAAAGUGAUUGAUGCAACUUCAGUGAUGAUCUGGACUGGCUAGAAAUUCUUCUCCUUAUUUUGUUGUCUUCAAGAUUUCCUCAGGAUAUUCAGCUUGAAACUCACUCACUCUGUUUUUUUCCAUGCUACACAAGUUGUCUCUGUAAAAAGUUUGGAACUGUCAGGAUAAAUAAUUAAUGAUUUUGUUGGAAAUAACACUAGAAGGAAUAAUAUCCAAGAGCAAUGCAAAUUCAACUUCAAUGUUGAAUUAACACUGAAUCAAAGUCAAACCAACACCACUCUUGGAUAUUAUGGUCACUGGUUUACUUGGCUAAAUUAUCGUUUUAUUUUAUUUUAUUCUAAUGUUUGGAAUGCUACCCAAAGCAUUAUAUUUUUAUUAUACCUUUUCUUAUUAAAGGAAUAUUAUACCUUUUCAAAUUAAUAUUUAAAGGAACCCUGGUAAAGAUUGCCUUAUAUAGUUCAAAUUUUUCUUUUUCAUGGUUUGUGCAAUAUCUUGAAUUACUUCAGAUCUUAAACAUUCAGCUUUUUUAUGAUAGUAAAUGCCAAAUUCUUUAUAUGUACUCUGUAAUAAUUUUAUUAACACUACCACUUGUAUUAUAAUCAUUAUCUCCACCAUGGUAUGGCACGGUAGAUAAUGCAUGUGUCAUAGCCUAGUUAAACAUCUUUGGGGCUGGCCAGAAACUGGAUGGGUGAUCAUGUGACCAAACCAUGUACUAUAUCACUUGCCAACCUAUAUUCAUUAUACCUUCUCUGUACUAAAUAUUUAACACUGUAUAUGGUUUGGAGGAGACCUGCAUCUGAAUGAUUAAUACGGUUUUCCGGGAUCCUAUCUUUCUUGACCACCUAAUCAUGUCACCUCCAUUCCCGACUGCCGAUGUUUAUGAGGGAAUAUGAUCAAUUGUCCUUUCCAUCAUCCUGGGAUUCUGAGAUCUGGAAUUGUUAAUAAACAUAUCCCUUCCAGAUGCUAUCCCUUGUAACUCCAUCCAUACCCAAAGGAGAGCAGCUAUUGAGACUACUUGGAUUUAUUCAUUUAUUAAAAUCUAAGUUUCUCAAUAGCUGCUCUCCUUUGGGUUUGGAGGGAGUUACAAGGGAUAGCAUCUGGACUGAUACCUUUAUUAAUAUCAACUCCAGUUCUCAGAAUCCCAGGAUGACAAAAAGGACAACUGAUCUUAACUCCUUGGAAAACAUCCCCUCUGAAACACUGAAAUGGAGUCGGAAAUGGAGGUGACAUGAUCAGGAGGUCAAGAAAAAUAAGAGGACUGGAUUCUGGAUAGCAACUGUAUUAGUCUUUGAGAUGCUAGUCUGCUCCAAACCACAAACUCUGACGUUGAUAAUGCACUUGGAAAAGUGUGAAAGAUUUCAUGUAUUUCACAUUUUUACCAAAAAUACCUAAGUGUGUGUUUUUGAUCCUAUUGAACUAGUUUACAUUUUUAUUAAGGAUUAGUAUCUUUCCAAAAGUUUGAUUAUGUAGGUGGGGUUUGAGUCCAUAUUUGUACUACAGUACUGUAUAUAUAUGUAUGCAAUAAGAAAAGUAAUAGUAUAUUUAUGUAGAACUUGUAUAUUUUUGUAAAUAAACUUCAAAAUGCUA